GAAUGAUAUCCAAGUCUUGGUUUUGCCCAGGGCGAAGAGGUCGUACUCUCAGAGCCGCUCUAGCUGUCGCGCGGACUCCACAUUCCACCCAAGAGGGAAUCUCUUGUGUUUUUUAAAAGUGACGAAGAAGACCAUAUACUCUCCUCGAGUUUUUUUUUUUUUUUUAAGAGCCGAGAUAUAAUUUUUAUUUAGAAUCACUAAAAAGACCCCUUAUUGCAGAAAAUACAACACAAAAAAAAUAAAAGAAAUCCCAAAUAAACAAACCUAACUACCUACAAACAUGUCUGACGACGAGGAACAAUACUCCAGCGAGGAGGAGGUUGAGGAAGUGUAAGCAACCGGAGAAGAAAUUUGAGGGUAGAACAUCCCAAAAGGAGUCCGGUGAAGGAGUCGAGUUUAUGAAGAGACAAGAACAGAAGAGAAGUGACCUCGAUGAACAGCUCAAGGAAUACAUUUCGGAAUGGAGAAAGCAGAGAGCCAAGGAGGAAGAGGAGCUCAAACGGCUGAAGGAGAAACAAGCGAAGCGCAAGGUGACUCGCGCCGAAGAAGAGAAGAAAUUGGCUCAAAAGAAAAAAGAAGAGGAAGAACGUCGUCAACGUGAAAUUGAGGAGAAGAAACAACGAGAUAUGGAAGAAAAGAGAAGACGUUUAGAAGAAUCUGAGAAGAAGCGUCAAGCAAUGAUGCAAGCAAUGAAGGAUCAGGCGAGCAAGAAAGGUCCCAACUUCACCAUCACCAAGAGUAGUAUAGCUGGAAACAUGUCGUCGGCACAAUUGGAGCGCAACAAAACGAAAGAACAAUUGGAAGAGGAAAAGAAAAUUUCCUUGAGCAUUCGUAUUAAAGCAUUGGAAAUCGAUGGUCUGGGAAUUGACAAAUUAAGAAAUAAGGCCCAGGAUCUUUGGGACCAGAUUGUCAAGCUCGAGACUGAAAAAUACGAUCUUGAGGAGCGUCAAAAACGUCAAGACUACGAUCUUAAAGAAUUAAAGGAAAGACAGAAGCAACAACUUAGACACAAGGCCCUUAAAAAGGGACUGGACCCAGAAGCUCUCACCGGAAAAUACCCACCUAAAAUUCAAGUCGCCUCCAAGUAUGAGCGUCGUGUAGACACCAGGUCCUAUGACGACAAAAAGAAACUCUUCGAGGGUGGUCUCACCGAUCAGAUCAAGGACACCAUGGAAAAACAAUGGAACCUUCAGAAAGAGCAGUUCCUUGGUCGUCAAAAGACGAAGCUACCAAAAUGGUUUGGCGAGAGGCCAGGAAAGAAAACUGGCGAUCCCGAAUCACCGGAAGGCGAGGAAGACGUGAAGGCAUCGGGUGACGUCGAUCUUGAGGAACCGCAAUUCGACGAAGAAGAAGAGGAAGAAGAGGCAGAGGAGGGUGAGGCAGAAGAGGAAGAGGAAGAAGAAGAGGAGGAGGAAGAAGAAGAAGAGGAGGAAGAAGAAGAAGAAGAGGAAGAAGAAGAAGAGGAGGAGGAAGAAUAAAAAAAAAUUACCAUCACUCAAUCACAAUUUUUUUUUCUCUCUCUCAUCAUUCGCGACCAAAAAAAAAUUAUUUUCUCACAAACGCACCAACACUCGUAUUUUCUUCUCUUCUUUCUUUGCGUGCGAGUAAAAAAUGACGCCUUUAAAAAAAAAUGUUCACACAUGAAAUUUUUCUUCUUUUUUUCGUGAAAAUAAUAAAAAAAAAUAAUGUUGCAAUUAAUUAAAAUCAAGCAACUGAAGAUUUUUUUUCUGUUGAAAUAAUACGCGCGUCUCGCUAUUACUACUUAUUACUACUGUUACUAUUAUUAUUAUUACAAUUAUUAUACAAUUUACAAUAAUAUUAUACACAACCAACACACAAACAUUAUUAAAAUAAAUGA